AUGGCGCCAUUAAAUGCCAGGCGCAGUAGCAGCAGCUACAGCGGCGAUCCGCGCUUUGGAAGGUGCCUUUGGAUGACGCGGCCAGAUGGAUUGAAAAGAUCUAAAAAGCAGUCGAAUCUUGCACAGAAUGCAUCGUCGACUCGAAUCGCAGGACUUCGCAGAGAAGCAGGAAAGGCUUGCUUGGGCAUCAACCUCAGGACUUUGAACGCACACGCAUGGGAUGCAGAAGUACUUCCGGCACUGUCCGCAUGCCUUUUCGUGGGAAGACCCAAUGGACCAGAUGAGUUGAUGAAGGCUAACACAUCACCAUUGACAAGAGAAGUAAGGGGUCCUCGACAAAAACUUCUGAUGGCUUUUGCGCACUGGUUUGAGCAAGACUGGGGUGACCUGGCGACAGAUGGGGCUGAUCUUCGGAACGGAAUGAAGGAGGACGAGGACCACAGCGCCAGCGGUCCCAAUGGUGGUGUCCCCAGCGGUUUUCUUUAUAUCAAUCGUGGCGUUUCCUCUGAAGGAAAAGCGGAGCGCGAGCCGAAGCCGAGACAUCCUUCCGACUUUCUCACUCAUGGAGGUAAACUUCUUCAGCGCAGCUCUUCGGCAACACAACAAAUCAUGCAGUUUUGCCAUGGGCCAGAAGGCAACACUGACGUGGGCGAGAUCAGGUUGUCUGGAAGCGAGUCCGGUAGGCCAUCCAGCGAUGGUGAUGCUUCAGGCCCACACGUGGGACAAAGCUCCUCAGGAGGCUCUCAGAGUUCCAAGAAGGCGCACCGAACGCACUAUGAGUCGAUCAUCUCCGAACUUUUUCAGGGGAAGGUCGUAUCUUGCGUUCGCUGCCUUCAAUGCAACCAGACAUCAAGGACGUCUGAAGCCGUCUAUGAUGUCUCUGUACCAAUACCCACCGCCAACGAGCCAAACAGUCCGCUGAGUGCGGAUAGUUCACCCGUGUCACUUCCGGCCACCUCCCCGGCUCACUUGCCGUCAGGGUCCGUGGGGGUGCGAAGCUCUUCAUGGUCGGGAGUUCUUGGUGGACUUGGGAGUAAGGUGAAGAGCUGGUUCUAUGACAAAGGUGUCAGUCUCACUGACUGCCUAAAAAGAUAUUGUGCUCCAGAAUACCUUACUGGAAAGGAGCAGUACUACUGCGAGCGUUGCAAGAGGAAGAUUGACUGUGAAAAGAGGAUACUCUUCAAGGACCUCCCGGAGAUUCUCUGCAUUCAUCUGAAGCGCUUCAGAUUUGAUAAUGCCUAUGGUUGGUUUGCAGGGUCAAAGAACUCUAGGGUUGUGACUUUUCCAGUGACAACACCUCUGGAUAUGUCGCAGUUCAUGGAGGAACCUCCAAACCAGCCAGUUGAAUACAGGCUAAUUGGCCUCAUUCAGCACAUUGGCUCCAUGGGCGGUGGCCACUACAUCGCCUAUUGCCAGCACAAGAGAAGAGCUCAGGACUGGUACGAGUUUGAUGACGUGCAAGUCAAUCCGGUCAUGCCGGAGCAGGUGGAACGCGCAGAACCUUAUGUGCUCUUCUACCAGCGUGUCCCGACCCGGGCUGCCAAGUUUGAGCGUCAGACCUUCAAGAAAGACAUGCGCGGCAUGCAGGAACGUAUCAACCAAUACCUCCUGAGCAUGUCGAGAUGUAGGCCGCAAAACUCCAUGAGUGACAGAUCCAGCGAGGAUACCAACAUGCAGGCUCUACAGGAGGAGAUCCGAAAUCAGGGACCAGCACUGCGCAAUCUCUUCAUCUCCCCAGCACCGGAACUGGAUAUGGCCUUCGUGUCCAAGCACUGGUAUGUGAGAUUGACGACCAUGAGCCGGCCCGGUCCGUUGGACAACAAAGAGUACUUGUGCCCACAUGGCAAGCUCGGCUACUCUUCAGCAGAGCUGGCCUCUGAGCCCUUUUUCCCCAUCUCCAAGAACUUGUCCAGCCAAUUGAUCAGUCUCUAUGGGGGUGGUCCCGAAAUUACCUCGCUGGAGAAUUGUCCCAAGUGCCAAGCGCAUAUUCUCGCCUACAACUUGCGGAAGCAAGCGGAGUACGAGAUGGUGACUCGCUAUGACACAAAGGACACUGGCGAUGGUCGCGGCUGGUACUUGGUGGAUGCCGACUGGGUGGAUCAUUGGAAGCGCUAUGUGAAGAGCGAGCCUGUCACCAACUACUGGGACAUGUGCAGCCCGGGGCCCAUCCAAAACGAGAAGCUGUUCAAGAAGGAAGAUCCCAAGCAGACGAGGGACAACCUGAGGUUGAAGGCGGACUACAUCGGAGUGAAUGCGUGUGUCUGGUGGCUCUUCAUGCACGUUCAUGGUGGUGGUCCACCAGUGGUGCGGAAUGACUUGGAGAUGCCUUGGCAGGAGAUUUCACCUGAGACGCAUCUCCUGCCUGACGAGCUUCGCCCUAAGGAAGGUGAUGACUUCUACAUGCGCACAUCGCGGGAGUUUGUGGAAGAGUGCGGUGGUGAUGAAGAGCUGUACAAGAGCUUGUACGGAACAAAGCACUUGCAAGGUGAUGCUUCACCCGACUCGCAGCAGCCCGACACAUCUGCAGGAGAUGCAGAGAAUGUACCGGAUGUGGAGCUCACUGAGGAGGCAGCCACAGCAGCUGCUGAUGCCGAUGCAACCGUCACUGACUCCAGGCCGGACGAUCUGCCGGACGGCUCGCCGCCCCGCGCGAAAUUGCCGGAGGAGGCAGUUGAGGUUCCAGCGGUUGAGCCGCUGGAGCCAGCAGCUGAAGCGGUGGAGGAGUCGGCAGGUGAUCCGCCGGCUUCGACUUCCCCGACCUCGGCGAAGCCGCCCUCCGAUGCCGUGAUGCAGGAGAUGGACGAGCCGUCAUGUCAGGAGCCUCAAAGUUCUUCAUAGC